CUGGCAAGAUAUUUUACUAGCCAGGUUUUGGGCGUCUAUGGGAUAGCAUGUGGACGUAAUGGAAUGAUAUAACCAGUAAAAAUCAACCUGACAAUAAGCCUUUAACGUGCAUUCAUACCAUGUUCGGUCGGUCAAGAAGCUGGGUAGGAGGCCAGGGGAAAACGAAAAAUAUUCAUUCCCUGGACCAUCUGAAGUAUAUGUACCAUGUUUUGACUAAGAACACAACAGUUACUGACAGCAACCGGAACCUGCUGGUUGAGACCAUCCGUUCCAUUACUGAGAUUCUCAUCUGGGGCGACCAGAAUGACAGCUCUGUGUUUGAUUUCUUCCUGGAGAAGAACAUGUUUGCAUUCUUCCUGAACAUCCUCCGUCAGAAGUCUGGUCGUUAUGUCUGCGUCCAGCUCCUACAGACACUCAACAUACUGUUUGAGAACAUCAGCCACGAGACGUCACUCUAUUACCUGCUGUCCAACAACCAUGUCAACUCCAUCAUCGUUCACAAGUUUGACUUUUCAGAUGAAGAGAUCAUGGCUUAUUACAUCUCCUUCCUCAAGACCCUGUCACUCAAACUCAACAAUCACACUGUGCACUUCUUCUACAAUGAGCACACUAAUGAUUUUGCCCUGUACACCGAGGCCAUUAAGUUCUUCAACCACCCCGAGAGCAUGGUCCGCAUCGCUGUCAGGACCAUCACACUCAAUGUAUACAAAGUCUCAUUGGACAACCAACACAUGCUGCACUAUAUCCGGGACAAGACGGCGGUCCCCUACUUCAGCAACCUGGUGUGGUUUAUUGGCUCCCACGUCAUUGAGCUGGACAAGUGUGUUCAGACGGAUGAAGAACAUCGUAACAGGGGUAAGCUGAGUGACCUGGUGGCCGAACAUCUUGACCACCUCCACUAUCUCAACGACAUCCUGACUAUCAACUGUGAGUUCCUGAAUGACGUGCUGACAGAGCAUCUCCUCAACCGCCUGUUCCUGCCUCUUUACGUCUUCUCUCUGGUCUGCCCCGAGCAGUCUGAAGAUAGAAAGAUCAACCCACAGGUGUCCCUCAACCUGUUGUCACAGGUUUUUCUAAUCAUCCACUAUCAGCCGCUGGUCAACUCUCUGGCUGACGUCAUCUUCAAUGGAGACCUUUCUGUGUUUACACACCACAAGAACACGGUCAGCACUGGGGUGCGGCGUUUCACAAAGCCUCCAGAGUCCUUGGAACGAUCCCUGGAGCUGUCCCGCCACCGGGGGCGCAAGCGCGCCCAGAAACGCCCCAACUAUAAGAACCUGGGGGAGGAGGAGGAGGAGGAGAGGCCGGGGGGAGGAGAGGAGGGCUGGGAGGAGGGUAAAGGUACUGGGGCAAGCGGCAGGACUAGUGGGGACAUGGAAGAGAUAGAGAUGGUUGUCAUGGAGAAGUGUAAGGUGUCGCCCUCCACCAUGACAGAACUGAACAUCACAGAUGAAGAGAAGACUGCUGCUGCUGCCCACACACACAGAAACAGACCUUUUCUAGACAUGAUGUACAGUGCUCUGGACUGCUCUGAGGAUGACUACCACGCGCUCUUCGUCCUCUGCCUGCUGUACGCCGUCUCCCACAGCAAAGGUAUCAACAGUGAGUUGUUGGAGAGACUACAGCUUCCUGUCCCAGACCAGGAGAGGAGCAGCUAUAGUCAGGUGUUAGUAGAGAGGCUGAUACGCGUGAUGAAUGUAGCAGCACAGCCAGAUGGUAAAGUACGCCUGGCUACUCUGGAACUGAGCUGCUUGCUGUUGAAACAGUCGGUCCUCUCCUCUUCCUCUCCACACUGUAUCAUCAAGGAUGUGCACCUGGCCUGUCUGGAGGGAGCCAGAGAAGAAAGUCUUCAUCUUCUACGUCGCUUUUAUAAGGGGGAGGAGAUCUUUUUGGACAUGUUUGAAGAUGAGUACCGGAGCAUGAUGAGUAAGCCCCUGAAUGUGGAGUACUUGAUGAUGGACGCAUCAGUGCUGCUUCCCCCGACAGUCACACCUCUGACAGGCAUCGACUUUGUGAAGCGACUGCCCUGUGGAGAUGUGGAGAAAACGCGACGGGCCAUCCGCCUGUUCUUCAUGUUGAGGUCGCUGUCCCUUCAGCUUCAGGGAGAACCAGAGACACAGCUUCCUCUGACCCGACCUGAAGAUCUCAUCAAGACUGAUGACGUUCUAGACCUUAAUAACAGUGACCUGAUAGCCUGUAUGGUGGUCAGUAAGGAAGGGGGUCAGGCCCAGCGGUUCCUGGCAGUGGAUGUUUACCAGAUGAGUUUGGUGGAACCAGAAACCAAGCGCUUGGGCUGGGGAGUGGUUAAGUUUGCCGGCCUGCUACAGGACAUGCAGGUGUCUGGCGUAGAGGAUGACAGCAGGGCGUUGAACAUCAUCAUCCAUAAGCCCUCAUCCAACCCCCAUGCCAAGCCCCUGCCCAUCCUGCAGGCUAACUUCAUAUUUGCCGAUCACAUCCGCUGCAUUAUUGCCAAGCAGCGCUUGGCCAAGGGCAGGAUACAGGCGCGACGCAUGAAAAUGCAGAGAAUCGCAGCAUUACUGGACCUGCCGGUCCAGCCGAGUUCGUCUGAGGUUCUGGGUUUCGGACAGUCGGGGAACACUGCCGCCGGAGGUCAACUCCCCUUCCGGUUCUACGACCAAUCACGUCGUGCCCCCAAUGACCCCACCGCACAGAGGUCUGUGUUUGCCUCUGUCGACAAGGUUCCAGGGUUUGCAGUGGCCCACUGUGUGUCACAACACAGCCCGUCCCCCCUCUCAUCCCCGUCCCCCCCCUCCUCGGGCAGCGGGAGUACCGGACGAUGUGACUCCAUUACAGCCAGCACCCUAUCAGCUAACAGCCCUGCAGAUGACGGAACGUUCUUGGAGAACACUCCUCCUUCGUCCUCUGGUGGAGAGGGAGACGGAGGAGGAGGGGAGCUAACCGGAUCUUCUCCCCCUCUCCUAGCAGCCACAGAGGGCCCGAUCCUUGCCCCAAGCCUGACCCCGGCCUCCCAGCCAAACAUCUCCCUGCUGACUGAUGGCCACACGGACACCCUGAGCAUGGAGUCCCUGACCCUAUUGCCCCCGGCUGACCCACCACACCUGCACACACUGGGCUCACACACACAUUCACACCUGGGCACAAUGACUCACACACAACUCUGCGCUGACAUGGCUAUCGAGGAAGGGGAAGAUGAGGAGGAGGAGAGGCUAGAGAACCGUGGGGAGAAGUCCAAGGAGGAAGAGGAAGGAGCGAAUAUGGAGGAGCAAGGGGAGACUGAAGCGGAAACAAAAGCAGUCAUUCAAGAUUCAGCUGAGAAUGAGCAAGACCCGCCCCCAGAGGGCGACACACCCCUUUCUAUGGAUCCAGCCUCUGCAGAAUAUACCCACCCAAAGGAGGACACACCCACAGACAAACUGGAGCCAAAGCCUGAGUAAAAAUACACACACACACACACACACACACACACACUGGCUUAUCCACCUCAAAGAAGAGUAGGCAGGUGAGUGGAUGCCUGCCUCUCGAAGAUCACCCCUCCCCUUGUUGUUUUGACCAAUGAGGACUCAGCCAAAGCUGUGAUUGGCAAUGCUCCAGCCCUAACACUAGACCCUCACCAGCCUGCUAGCAAACAGCUAUAAUUCAUUAGAAUAAUAACAUCUAUGUAAUCUCUUUCUCGUUUUUCUUUUUCUUACUCUUUCUCUAUCUUUCACUCAUUCCCUGACAGUGAAGAGAUGUGCGCGUGUGUGCGCGUGUGUGCGCGUGUGUGCGCGUGUGUGCGCGUGUGUGCGCGCGUGUGUGCGCGUGUGUUUGAACUUGGAAGGUUUAAAAAAUAUUAUUUCUGUAUAUAAUAUAACUUUAUGGUUGGGGUAUACUGCAGUCAUUCAACCCUUCUGUUUUGAGAUGCAGUUUGAGAAUGCUGUUCACCACACACACACACACACACACACACAGCUUAACUUCACCAUUAUCUCUCCAGUUUUUGACCUUCAUUGCUCCAGAGCUCUUCGUUGGUUAGGGUUGAUCUCUGUUGGUUAGGGUUGAUCUCUGUUGGUUAGGGUUGAUCUCUGUUGGUUAGGGUUGAUCUCCCUUGGUCAGGGUUGAUCUCCGUUGGUCAGGGUUGAUCUCCGUUGGUCAGGUUUGAUCUCCGUUGGUCAGGGUUGAUCUCCGUUGGUCAGGGUUGAUCUCCGUUGGUCAGGGUUGAUCUCCGUUGGUCAGGGUUGAUCUCCCUUGGUCAGGGUUGAUCUCCGUUGGUCAGGGUUGAUCUCCCUUGGUCAGGGUUGAUCUCCCUUGGUCAGGGUUGAUCUCCCUUGGUCAGGGUUGAUCUCCCUUGGUCAGGUUUGAUCUCCGUUGGCCUCCAGAACACUUAUUGCCACUAAAGUCAAUCUGAGUAAACCAAUGUCCAUGGGCGUGGCCGGGGCAAGGCAUUUGCGUAGUGGAACGAUCACUAAUCAUCCGAUCCAUGGCCAGUGUCCUCCUUGCUAUGUUGUUGUUUAAAAGCACAACACUGGGCCGAAGGUAUUCAGAUUUUUCCAUUGGCCAACGACCAUCCGAGUGAUUGAACGAACCCCCGAACGUCUCCAGAAUUCUCUCCCACCAGUCAAUACAGGAAACUUUCCCACUGCAAUAAAGAGUUGAGCUGUCAGGGCUAUUCCUAAUGAAUGUAAUUGAUUUAUGUCUCUCCCACUCACAGGUAGCCUAGUUGUUAGAGCUACUCACCAGUAACCAAAAGAUCACUAGUUCAAAUCCCCGAGCCAGCAAGGUGAAAUAUCUGCACUACUGCCUUUGAAUGAGGCAGUUGAGCACAGUAUGUAAAUCCUGGUGUUCUGCUUCAUUUCUCCCAUUUGGAUUAAAAGCGGAAUGCAUCCUUAAUACUCCCUCCCUGACUCCUCUUCCUCUGAAUUUCCCUACAUGCUCUCUGUUCACCUCCCUGCUCUGUGGUUUUAAGUGUUUGUCCUAUUUGCCAGCUGUAUAUUAAUCUUAACUGUUACCACUUUUCAUUCUGUUCAGCCGCAGAGCAGUAAUGAAUGAUUUGAAAUGAAUUUUCUUGCCCCCCCCACCCCUUCAUUGUAAAUAGUCUCCCAGUGUAGAGUGGUGAUACUUACAGUCGGUGUUGUUUCAGUGUGUUUGUAUGCUCUGUAAAUGCCAAUAGCUUUUAAAUCUGUAAUUACUACCAGAUUACCAACAGAUGUUAUUCAUAAAAGAUCUGCAAUAAAUUAUUCUACUUACUUAC